AUGUUUUGGUUCCUGGCGGUGACGUAAUACACAAAAACAUGGUUCCCUUGUUUUGAACCUGAAAAGCGUGCUAAGUGUUUCUUUAACUUCACUACGCAUGAAGAUGCUUUUCCGAAACUGAGUGACAGCAAAACAUUCAUAAGAGGCGAUGGCUGAGGCUGCAGAAACGUGUGCUGAAUCUGGACGCAAGCUGCGCUCCAUCUGCCGAAGGAUGUAUGACGAAAACGAGGAUUUGUCUGAUGUUGAAGAAAUUGCAAACAUCAGAGGGUUCAGUGUGGAGGAAAAGCUUGUCAGUGACAGUUACAGCGCAGCCUUUGUACACUUGAUGGAGGGUAAAGACUUUACUUAUGAAUAUGCACAAAAGGAGGGUCUCAGGAUCCCACUCAUUUUUAAAGAGAAAGAUGGACUAGGGAUCAGAAUGCCUGAUCCUGAGUUUACAGUUAGUGAAAUUAAAGGUUUAGUUGGCAGCCGUCGUUCUGUGGACGUUAUGGAUGUGAGCACUCAGAAAGGCUCUGAAAUGAGCAUGGCCCAGUUUGGCCGUUAUUAUGAACACACUAAGCUGGAGAACCUCAUCAAGCGACCCACAGUGGUGGAUCAAGUCGACUGGGUGGACAACAUGUGGCCUCGUGAUUUAAAACAAAGCCAAACAGAACCAACCAAUGUGAUCUCAGAGAUGAAGUACCCCAAAGUGCAAAGGUAUUGUUUGAUGAGCGUGAAGGGCUGCUACACAGACUUUCACAUUGAUUUUGGGGGAACUUCGGUUUGGUAUCAUGUAUUCAAAGGACAGAAAGUGUUCUGGCUGGUGCCUCCAACCACUCAUAACCUUGCACUGUAUGAGGACUGGGUCCUGUCAGGAAAGCAGAGCGAUGUCUUCCUGGGAGACCGAGCCGAUGGAUGCCAGAGAGUGGAGCUUAAGCAAGGAUACACUUUUUUCAUCCCAUCUGGGUGGAUUCAUGCUGUCUACACCCCUGAAGACACGCUGGUGUUCGGAGGCAACAUUCUGCACAGCUUUAACAUUCCUAUGCAGUUUACUAUCCAUGAGAUUGAGAAUAGGACUAAGGUUCAUUCCAAGUUUCGUUUCCCUUUCUAUUAUGAGAUGUGCUGGUAUGUCCUGGAGAGAUACCUGCACUGUCUGACCAAGCGGUCCUACCUUUCUCAGGAGAUCCAUAAGGAGCCUGUACUAAUGGACUAUGAGACAAAGGCAAACACAGAGAGUCCUUCCUCUGACUCAAGGAGCCAAGACAUGAAUGAGGACUCGUGUGAGACUCAAGUGAGGGAGGACCAGGGUGAAAAAUCAGAGAGAGUCGCUCAGGAUGGCCGUUGCUCACCUGACAGGAAGGGCCAGUUCCUCAAAGCAGUUUUAUCUGUUGACUCUGAGGACAGCUAUAAUCCCGGGUCCACCUCUCUAGAUUUCCUCAAAACCCCCUCUGACUCACCAACAUCAGAGUCUCAGAAUAAGUGGACUCAUUUGACAGAGUUUGAAAUGAGCGGACUCAGGACACUGGUUGAGAAACUGGAGUCACUCCCCGACAAUAAGAAAUGUGUUCCAGAAGGACUAGAAAACCCACAAGCCCUGCUGGAGGACAUGAAGGUUGUAUUAAAAGAACAUGCUGAUGAUGACCCCAGAUUAGCAGUUACUGGAGUUCCUGUGGUGUGCUGGCCUAAGAAAACUACAAAGCCCCGGCCUCCUAACCGGCCGAAACCUAAGAUGGCAGCUUCUCCUGCAUCAGCAGUCAAGCUGUCAGCUAGUCGGGGAACAUCUAGUGCCAGGAGGAGAAGAACGCGCUGUCGGAAGUGUGAGGCGUGCCUGCGGACGGAGUGCGGAGAGUGUCACUUUUGUAAAGACAUGAAGAAGUUUGGUGGCCCAGGCCGUAUGAAGCAGUCCUGCAUCAUGAGGCAGUGCAUUGCACCUGUCCUGCCCCACACAGCAGUGUGUCUCAUCUGUGGCGAGGCAGGGAAGGAGGACACUGUGGAGGAUGAAGAAGAGAAGUUUAACCUUAUGCUCAUGGAGUGCUCCAUCUGCAAUGAGAUUGUUCAUCCUAACUGUCUCAAGGUUAAAGAUUCAAAUGGAGUAGUGAAUGAUGAGCUGCCAAACUGCUGGGAGUGCCCGAAGUGCAACCAUGCUGGGAAAACAGGGAGACAAAAAAGGGGGCCAGGAUUUAAGUACGCAUCAAACCUUCCUGGCUCUCUACUGAAAGAACCGCGGUUAAACCGGGAUUCCAAAGAGGACCCUGAACUGCCUAUGGUGGCAACAGCUACUGUUACCGCUUUAACUACCACACCUGCGGUGAAGAGAAAGGCAGAGCGGGAGGAAAUCCUGAAGAGGAAAGAAGAAGAGCCUCCAAAGAAACGUCCCCCCUUGCUGUCUCUAGAUGGUACGCCCCGACCAAGGCUUGAGGAUAACCCAUUAAGGAAAAAGAGGAAACUUUUUGACACCAAUGAUGAACCUGUCAUUGUGAAAAAGAAGAAGAAGCUUUUAAGACAGGAUGAUCCCUUGACAUCAAAGCUGUUGCGGCAGCUCACAACAGAGAAUGAUCAAGGUGAUGAGGAAGAUGAUGAGGAGGAUCAUGAAGAAGAUGGAUUCUCCUUGGAAAGGAUUCACUUAAAGGAGAAAAAUGACUUGGAUGAUGAGGACCAAGAAGCAGAGGAAGAGGAAGAGGAGACAGUGACAAAAGAAAAAGACAGUAGUGCAGAGGACAAAACAAUGUUAAGUCCACUGCUAAGAACAUCAGCAGCCAGAGAAAGUGACCAGAUGUUGUCCAACUCUCCCAGAGCUGGGCCAAGCAAUGAACCAGGAGAUGCUCAGGAGAGGAGCUCUGCUCAACUUAGGGCUCGCCAUCAGCGCAGAUGCCUCCCCAACAAAGAGCUGAGCAAAGAGCUCAGCCAGGAGAUUCCCAAGACAGAAGACUGUCUAAGCAAUCAGACCCAUGGUCCAGUGAAGUCAGAUGACAGUCCUGCCAAUCACAAUCGACGACUACUAAAAAAUGAGGACUUUGUGACCAGUCAAAACCGUAAACCACAAAAAACAGAAGAGCCCACCAUGAAUCAGAGCCGUAGGGCCCUUAAAACGGAUGAAGGUGUAGCUGGUCAAAACAGACGACCGCAAAAACCUGAGGACAGCCUGGCCAAUCAGAAUCACAGGCCAAUAAAAACUGAGACAGAGAACAAAGUAGAUGACCAGAAGCCUAGAUGGCCUCUAAAUAAUGGCAGCAGCAACUUGGGUGACUGGCUGCGACACAGGGGGCGGGAGGUGAACGGCACACCACGUGGUUACUCACCGCUCAGCUGGAACCGAAGCACACCGAUCACACCGAUAUGCCCUCGUCCACUCCCCUGCCGGUCACCGCCAAAAUGUAUCCAAAUGGAGCGCCACGUGAUCCGACCCCCUCCCAUCAGCCCCCCACCUGACAGACUGCCACUGAACGACGGUGAAGCUCACAUUAUGCGACGAGAGAUGUGGAUGAAUGUAUUCAGUCACCUGACUCACAGGGAUCUUUGUGUCUGCAUGCGGGUCUGCAAGGCCUGGAACAGAUGGUGUUGUGACAAGAGGCUUUGGAAGCACAUCAAUCUGAACCGGUGCAAAUCAAUCACACCUCUCAUGCUGAGCGGUAUCAUCCGGAGACAGCCAGUAGCUCUGGACCUCAGUUGGACGAAUAUCUCCAAGAAACAGCUCAGCUGGCUCAUCAACAGACUGCCAGGUCUUCGUGUGCUGCUCUUGUCAGGAUGCUCCUGGGUGGCGGUCUCUGCUCUUUGUACCUCGAGCUGCCCCCUUCUGCGAACUCUGGAUGUUCAGUGGGUUGAGGGACUGAAAGAUGCACAGAUGAGAGACCUGCUGUCACCUCCCACAGAUAACAGGCCAGGUCAGCUAGACAACAGGAGUAAGCUGCGUAACGUGGAGGACCUGCGUCUGGCAGGGUUGGACAUCACAGACACAUCUCUGCGCCUCAUCAUUCAUUAUAUGCCCUUGUUGUCCAAGCUGGACCUCAGCUAUUGUAACCACGUCACUGACCAGUCUGUCAACAUCCUGACUGCUGCAGGGACGACCACCAGAGAUUCACUCACUGACAUCAACCUGUCAGUCUGUAACAGGGUCACAGACCAGUCGCUGACCUAUUUCAAGCGCUGUGGAAGCAUAUGUCAUAUCGACUUGCGAUACUGCAAACAGGUGACCAAAGAAGGAUGUGACCAGUUCAUCGCAGAAAUGUCAGUCAGCGUGCAGUUUGAACUAAUAGAAGAGAAACUACUGCAAAAGAUCAGCUAGGUAUGGGAACAUGGAAGGCCAUGUGACAUCGCCAUGUGGUGAAGCCUGCUCCCCACACGGCGGCAGCAGAUGACUGUGUGCUUGUGGGGAAAGCUGCUGUUUCUGCAGACUACUGAACACUGUAAAAGUGAUGUAAAGGGAAGCUGCGCUGCUAAGCUAGAAUGUAAAAACGAAAUCUUGUCCAACAAAGGCAAUAUUGCAAAAAUGUUUUUGUUGUUGUUUGCACCUGUUUAUAAGCUAUUUAUUUCUUUAUGUUGAUUGUUUAUGUGUUGUAUCAUGAUUAUCUUUUGGUGUUCAUAGAUUAUUUUUUUGUUCCAGUGCAAGAUCUAUUGCUUUAUAGAGUAAUAUUUUUGUAUCAGAAAUUGUUUCAUACAUUUAUGUGCAGUAUUGAAUGCACCAGUGUACAGUAUCAUACUGUUGGAACAGAUAAUCACUCAGCAUUACUGUCAAGCUCUUUAUUACCGAGUGGCACAAAUCUAACCAUUUGUUGCCAAACUGUAGGAUGGUAGCUUGUGUUUGUGUGGGUGAUUCUUCUUUUUCAAUUAUGUGUCAGUGCCCUGUUUCUGAUCAGACAAAGGUACUGUACAUUUUGUACGUUUCGUGUAUAUAAUGUUAUUUUGUCCUUGUGGAUGAGAUAUGUAGAAGAAAAUUUAAAAAGUUAUUUGCACUGAUACAGUAAAUAUGAAUACAUGAAUGUAUUCACACAUACACUAA